UUUUAAUUUUGUGUAGGUGUAAAAAACAAGCAACCCUUUUCUCCGUGUACAGUUGGAUUACUUCUAGCUAUCAAAUGAUUCAAAUGACAAAUCCAUUCUCUAUAUAAACCCACCUUCCUCUGAUUCCCCUCUCUUGCCAAUCCUUUCCAAAAUCGUAUCGUAUGUGUUUCCUUUGAAGCUGUUCGAUCAUGAGCAACGUUCCUAGGUCUUUGACGGAUUCUUCUCUAACCCUCUUCAAGCUAGCGAUCUCAUCUUCUGAUCCGUGGCCUUUCUCUUUUGUUUUCUUAUAAUAUAAUAAGGGCUUCUUCCUCCCCGUGAGAGAGAAAGAACAACUGGUUGUGCGCGUAUUUUGUUCUGAUACUCAGAGAUGGGUAGCGGUGACAAGCACAUAUUGAACUUUCAUCUGCAUUUACCUCAUCUUCAUCAUCACAAUCAUGGUGGGAAGAAGGAAGUGAGAUGUAUCCCCAAGGGUUGUCUCGCCAUCAUGGUGGGUCAAGGAGAGGAGCAACAAAGGUUCGUGGUUCCUGUUAUUUAUUUUAACCACCCACUGUUCAUGCAGUUGUUGAAGGAAGCCGAGGAGGAGUACGGUUUUGAUCAAAAGGGUACUAUUACAAUCCCUUGCCAUGUGGAGGAGUUCCGAUACGUUCAAGGUAUCAUCGAUAAGGAGAAGUCCUUCCACAGCAAUAAUCACGUUGGGUGCUUUAAGGCCUGAUCCUGAAGAAGAUGCAGGUUUUUAGUUGUUAGAAUUCUAACCCUCGACGAUGGAUGUUGGAUGAUGAUGAUGAUGAUGAUGUAGUGUAGUUUUGUAAAAUUUUAGGGUGUCUCCGCUUUCCUUUUUCUUUUUUUUUCCUUGUUAUCUUCGCUUCUGUUUCUCGUUUGGCUUUUGUUUUUUGGGAUAGCAGGGUUAUUGAUUGGUACUGAUGAUGACAAUAUUUGUUUGUUGGUUUUGCUAUUCUUGUUUUUCUAGCAAUAGUAAAAUGCAGGCAAUUCUUUAAUUUCCUUUUUUUUUUUUUUAUGUUCUCCGAAAUUGUGACUACAUGGAAAUUUAUUGGAGUCGGUACGACGAUUGACGGCGGUUCACGAGAAAGGAAGAACACGGUUAAUGAAGAAGUGGGGAAAAGGGGUUAUCAUUUGGAGGGGGCAACUGUUUCUGUUCAAAUCCAAGAGGCAAUGUAAAUUCCCAAUUGAUUGUUUUGGCGUGA